CGGUCAGGCGGCUGGCUAUUCAGUGUUGGCAAGAAGUCAGAGACGGGAGGACUGUGCUGAAAUUGCUGCGGUGAUGUGAGAUUUUAUCUGAUUUUGGGAAGUGAUUUUUUUUCGAAUUGAAACCGAUUUUGAUCAUUGUUGUAUGCAUAUUCUGGUAUCAGUUACAUUACCUUUUUUCGACUAGCAGACGACCGUUAAAAUGGUGCUCAAGUAUUUAGCAGUCGGGCAGCUUCUGAAGCGGCAGAAAGCCCGCGUUGAAAAUGUGAUGUUCCACCUUCAUUACCGCUACACAUUCAUAGUGUUCAUGGUGAGUAGUGCCCUAAUAUCUGCUAAAGAGUAUUUCGGCUCUGCUAUGGAAUGUUACUCUCCCAGAAACUCAAUACCACAAAAUGUCUUGAACACCUAUUGUUUCUUCACAUCCACGUACUCGGUUACGAAACAUAACCAAACGGGGGUUAGUGUUGUGUACCCAGGCGUUGGACCGCACGACAAUGAAGAUGAAAUCGUCUACAACUCUUACUAUCAAUGGGUGCCAAUAGUCUUGUUUCUACAAGCUUUGUCGUUCUACUUGCCACGAUUUUUGUGGAAGAACUUUGAAGGAGGAUUGUUUACUUCGAUACUACAAGGCUUGGAUCAAAAAAGCCUAAACGAUGGAUCGAAUACUCAAAAGUAUCAAACUCUCAUGAAGUACAUGAUGAAUCACGUCAAUAUGCAUAAAAACUGGACAAUCAGAUUUUUCGUGUGCGAGCUGCUGUGUCUGGUUGUGGUGAUCAGCAACAUCUACAUCACGGAUUGGUUCCUGGGCGGCACCUUCAUCGCGUACGGCUCCGAGGUCUUCAGCCUUCAAAACACAGACUCCGACCUCCGCCAGGACGCCAUGGAUAAAAUAUUCCCCAGAGUCGCCAAGUGCACAUUCAGGAAAUUUGGUGCAUCUGGGAACAUCGAGUCGCACGACAGCAUGUGUGUGAUGGCAGUCAACAUCUUGAACGUGAAGAUAUACAUCUUCCUGUGGUACUGGAUGGUGCUGCUCGCUUUCGUCACCAUCCUCUGGCUCCUCUACAGGAUCUGUAUCAUCCUUUUCGCACCGCUGCGCACUUACUUGCUCAAUUUCCGUGGCCGGCUGGCGGGGCGGCGGGUGGUUGGGAUCGUGGGCUCGAACUCCUCCCUGGGCGACUGGUUUCUCUUGUACCACCUCGGACGCUGCAUGCACCCCAUGGAGUUCGCCUCCUUCCUUAAAGCCUAUGCCGCGGAGAUCACCGCAGCCUGCGCUCCACCACUGGAAUCAUUCAGCAAGCCAAUGAAGGCGCAAUAGUUUCCGCACGACGCCAACACUGAGACUCGUCUGUGCCUUUGAUUUUAGAGUUAAUUUUGUUGGCGCCAUGAAAAAAAUUCUCACUGUCACCUACAAUUUUUGUGCCAUCCUUAAGAGUAAUGCGAUAUCAUUGUGCCCUGAAAGUUCUAGCCGUAGCAGCCUGCUAACGAAGUUGUCUGUAUAAGUCCUGAAUGGUGCCAAGAAACGCGAAAUGAUUAUAUUUUCUUCAUAUUAGCCCGUUUUCCAUCGAUCCACUUACAUUUCGAUCCAGCGCGUUUGUAAAGGUCAGGUAACAAACAAUUAUAUAAUCAGUCGACAAAGGGUUAAGAGGCCACCUUCGCACAACGUCACACUUCAGUCAUAUUCUUUUCCGUGGGUAAGAACGAUAGACGGAAUAGCAGCCUAUAAAGUCUAGUUCAUUGCGCCGUAUGUCCACAGCCUGGUGGACAUACGCAAGCCUAGUUGCCCCAAAAUUUAGACAGGAUUUCAGUGUUGCAUGUAAUUGAUAUUUCAAUGAGUUUUAUCAUAUUCUUAAUUUUCAGCCUUAGUGGCUAAGAAAUGAGCGUUUGAUUAUGCGUCUUGAAGUCCUAAUGAACCGCAAAGUCUUCUUUCUGGCCUUUAAAUGUGUGGGGGUUCUUGUGCUUCUGGGAUAUCCAAAAAUUCGAUCUUUACUGAAAAAUCCCUCAAUUCAUUCAGUUCACAGUUCAGUUCAGUUCACAAACAUUUUCAUGUUAUAUUCUAAAAUAUUCUAGUGAGGAAAAAAUCUCCGCUACAAAAGUUGCGUCUGAAAAAUGACGAUUCGAAGAAUGCCAUGUGAUGAACUUUCAAGUUACCUAAAAAUAAGUUCCUAUAAUUGGUGUAUCUUGCAAUACUAUGUUGCGACGGCUUGCUUGGGGUGAAAAGGCUUGUAUUUAUUAUUCAUAGAUGAUAAACAGUUCGGUGAUGAGUUUCCUCCCUGAUAUUAUUAAUACUAUUUAUAAUGUUUGCCUUAGAUAAGGAAGCGUUUCCAUUAGUUAAGUAUUGUACUCGACUGCUUGUUGUUUUAAGUAUUUUCCAUUCCUGUGUAACCAUGACAUAAUUAAACGAUCAUUUAAAUAGAAAUUAAGAGUAAAUUGUUGUCUUUUGAUGAUGCCUAUUCCUUAAAGUUGAACUAUCUAAUGAGGCGCAGUGGUAUAUUUGUUGAGACUUCUGCAGGAUUGAAUACUCUAUAUUUCUUACGAUACUUCUGAUCUUCUAGUUGUCAGGCGGUAUUGUUUUAUUUUUACCAGUAUUUUAGUAUUCAAAGUUUGGAAACUUGGAAUUAAUAGCGUACUCAUGCAUGUCGUGCAAGCUCUCACCUAGUUAGUAUCUGCCAAUAGUAAGGCCCUUCUGCUGCUUACCACUUAGUUGGACUUUAUAUGGCGUGUUGAAGUUGUAGCUCAUUCUGUGGAGUACAUUUCUUCUUUAUUUCAGUACAAUCUUUGAUCAGAAUGAAGGAUAUUAAAGAUGCUGGCUCUAACUCCAAAUGUCGUAGAUAGAAUACUCAGAUAGUCAUUGAAUAAAAGAGUAUUCCCGUAAAUAAUUUACGAUACAAAGCAGCCGUCUUGUCACUACUAAAACCACUGCAGAGUGACAUAACACUGCGGUUAAAAAAGUUAUACUUGCAACAGCAGCUGCCGAGCCGGCAUUGGAUUGCGGACUGAGGACAAACCUGGAGAGAAUAGCUUUCUGAAAAGUAUGCAAUUUUUGACAUGAAUAGUUUACCUUCUGCGAUCCCGGAGAGUGUAUGGAGGAAAUACAUAUUAAUUUAUAAGACUGAAAAUGACAGGAACUAAAUUAUUAUCAUUUCCCUGUCGUUGUAAACAGAGAGCAUACCAGUGCUUGCUCGUUUGUGAGUGCCGCGCUGAAGAAAAGGACCAAUAGCUCGUAUAAGUUGACUCCACUCCAUUACAACUAAUAAUUAUCGGUGCGUUCUAAAUCGUCUUUUCAAAUAGCGUAUUUUAUAUGUAUUUGGAAAUUGUGGAGCAUUGAUUUACUGGCAUAAACUUUCUUUUUGGCUACGCAAGAAAGACAAUAUUCGUGUCAGUUUAUAUAAAGGAGCACGGCCCUUUCCCGGUCUUCAAUUUUUGGAACUCGAAGAGAUGACUGCGUAAUCCAUCUAUGUUAUUUAGCAUCGAUUGUAAAGUAUACAGAAAUUGAUGGAUGGCUUUACCAUCAAAUCCGUAAAUUUGUUUGUUAGGAAAGACUGCAACUCACAGCUCUCAACCAGAGCAACAAUGUUUCGGGUUUAUUGUGAAAAAGAUAGACGAUUUUAGGUAACACUUCAAAGGUGUUACUGAAUAUUCAUCUAUUAUAUUUUUAUAUCUUCAGGUAAAAUCAUGCAUCUUGUUUACAGUUCUUUGAUUAGUAGAUGUACUCUCUUGC